UAAGUCUAUGCAGUCCACUCGGUAGCUUCACUGAUCGUCUCUCAGUAAUCGCUCCACACUCGUCGCUUAGUUGUCUCUGACAAAUCCAACAACCGUCAAAAAAAAUCAACUAUCUAUUAAUUUCAAAUCCAACUUAACUCUCGAGACUUUAUAUAGAAAAAAAAAUAUUUUCCAAAGGACAAUAAUUAAAAUUCGGAUCGCGUAUUGCCAGAGACAAAAAACUAAGAAAGACACUUAACUAUCAGCUAAAUAAAAUAGAAGCUAGAGCAAACCUAAGGCCAGUAUUAGAGAGACGAAAAGCGAGAUAAUAGUGUAAAAAAAAAUAUUUUUUCAAGCGAUCGAAACGCUCAACUGGUAAACCACUCAAAGGGAGGGGCAUGCAAUUUAACAAACGAUGUCGGACUUCGGAGUAGUUGUUAAUGUAGUAUGUGUGUGACAACGAGAUUGACAACAUGGAUACGUCUGACCUAGGAGGAGGGGUUAAUUGUACACCACCGGCAAUCGAGGACUUUCCACAUGACCUGUUUGAUGAGAAACAACGACAAGAAGGGGCCGUGGUUGUUCACGUCAUCGUCUCUCUUUACUUGUUCAUCGCUUUAGCAGUAGUAUGCGAUAAAUUCUUUGUACCUGCAGUAGAAAAAAUAUGUCAUGCAUUGUCAAUGUCAAAAGAUGUAGCUGGCGCGACAUUUAUGGCAGCUGCAACAUCCGCACCAGAAUUAUUUGUCAACGCGAUUGGGACUUUUAUUACCGAAGGUGACAUCGGUGUAGGAACGAUAGUAGGAUCAGCAGUCUUUAAUAUCUUAGCAGUUCCUGCUUGCUGUGGGAUCGGCGCCGGAAUGGUGAAUGUGGUUCCGCUGGAUUGGUGGCCUGUAAGCAGAGAUUGCUUAGCUUACGGCGUAACAGUUGCUAUCUUAAUCUGCAUUAUUCACGAUGAGAGAGUGGAAUGGUACGAGGCAUUGUGCCUUGUCCUUCUGUACAUCGUAUACAUUGCAGUAAUGUACUGGGACAAAUCAUUCCAGCGUUGUACACGUUUUCGGACAAAGACCAGCGUGUCGUCUGCCGAAGAUGUCCAUAUUGCACCAGGAGACGCCGGCGAAAUUCACUUAUCAAGAUCCGAUAAAUUGCAAUCGUCCGGCGAUAGAGUUGAGCAAAUUGCGACAAUCGACGUGCCACUGCAGAACGGAGGGACGAAAAGUCAAGAGGAAAAUCACGAGGCUGAAUACGAGUAUGAGUUAUUGGUGUGGCCAGCGAGAGGUGGAUGGAUACGUAAAACAGCGUGGGUACUUACUUGGCCAAUUCAUUUGGUUUUUAUGUGUACAAUACCAGAUUGUGAGAAACCUAGAUUUAAAAGAUGGUUCCCAGUGACGUUUCUCAUGUGUAUUGUGUGGAUUGGAUCACUUAGUUAUGUUGUAGCCUGGAUGAUUACAAUUAUCGGUGACACGCUGAAAAUACCAGACUCUGUAAUGGGUAUAACAUUUUUGGCCGCCGGAACAAGUGUACCAGAAGCUGUAUCAAGUGUAAUUGUAGCUAAACAAGGUCACGGCUCGAUGGGUAUCAGUAACUCAAUUGGCUCAAACACAUUCGACAUACUCCUUUGUCUAGGUCUGCCCUGGUUAAUAAAAUCAUCUUUUUCACCGACGCAGCCUGGACGUCACUACAUAAGUAUAAAUUCAGGUGGUCUUGAAUACAGCGCAAUAUCGCUUCUAUCAACACUGCUGCUACUUUACAUAGCAUUCGCUUCGAAUAAAUUUCAACUUGAUUUAAAAGUCGGGCGUGCUUGUCUUUGUAUGUACGCAGUAUUUCUCAUUCUUGCCUCGCUUAUCGAGCUCAACGUAUUCUUCAGGGUAAAUUUACCCACCUGUCAGAGGACAGUUAAGUGAUAAAAAAACCACAACACAAACACUUUAUUAUAUAUAUAUAUAUAUAUAUAUAUAUAUAUAUUAUAUAUAUUAAUAUAAAUAUAUCAAUAUUGAUACAAUAUAAUGCUUGUAAAAUUCCUUAAAAUAAUUAUCACAUUACAAUUACUAAAUUUUACAAUCAUUGUAAGUCGACACAUUAUUCUUUCAUUUUAAAAUAUACUUUUUCUAAUUUUUAAAAUUUUUAAUGCAUUCAAUUACUAAUUUUAUGGUAACAUUUCAAAUUGCGUUACUAAAGUCAUAGAUGGGUAGAAUUUUUUAUUGCAAAUCAACGAAGAAAUUUUAACAAUGAAAAUUCUCAAAAAA